AUGGAGAUAAACGGCGAUCAACCGCCGCUGAUCUGGCCGCAGUUCGAAUCUACCGGAUACACUCGCCGGAGAUCAUCGAUUCCGACGAUGUUAGUUCCUGUGAUGAUCGGAGUGAUAUCAGCGGCUGUUUUUCUUCUGUUUGUGACAUUCGUCGUCCCUCCGUUUAUGUCGAUCACAUCUCAGAUUCUGCAGCCAGUUUCGGUGAAGAGAGGUUGGGAUUCGAUCAACGUCGUUUUAGUAGCUUUCGCGAUUCUCUGCGGCGUACUCGCCAGACGAAACGACGACGGAUUGUCAUCGCCGUCACCGUCUGCACACGGCGGAGAAGAAGAAGUAACUGUCACGAGUGGUGAAAUGGAAAUGGCCGUCGACGAGGAUAGCAAAAUCUCUUCCUCGUCGGUUUCGCAAACGUGGUUUGAUGACGUGUACGACGUUGAUAGGCUUAAGAUCUACGAGAGCGUGAAUAGUCGGAGUUUCCCAACUGGAUUACCGGUUACCGGAACCGUGCCGUUGAGGCGUAGUAGUAGCUCGUAUCCUGAUCUGAGAAAUGGAGCUUUAAGGGAAACCGUCGAUCGCCGGUUCCGGUUUUACGACGAUUUCGAAAUCGACAAGUACCGAUCGCACGAUUCGCGUUCCUACGAACAAUUUCCCAAUCGUUCUGAAAUUGAAAUCGAAGAAUCUGAGCCCAAAGAAAUUCCGAUUGAUAAAUUCGUCGUAAGGCCGCCAUCUCCGCCGCAACAACCACCGGCACCACCAGCUCCUCCACCUCCACCUUCUCAACCAUCUCAAGUUUCGCAGAAACCGAGAAGGACUCAUCGUUCUGCGAGAAACAGAGAUACACAAGAAAACGCGAAACGUAGUGUCAUUAAUUCUGAUUCCACCAGAUUUAAACGAUCGUUUCAGCCUCCGCCGUCACCGCCUCCGCCACCUCCACCUCCACCGCCUCCACCUCCACCGCCUCCGCUUAUAACCGCCACUCCACCGAGGAAACAAGGGACUCUUCAGCGAAGAAAGAGCAAUGCAGCGAAGGAGAUUAAAAUGGUUUUCGCUUCUCUGUAUAAUCAAGGAAAGAAGAAGAAGAAACUUCAGAAACCAAAGAGAAAGGAGAGAAACGAAUCUCCGGUGGUGGUGGAAACAAUGGAGCCACCGCAAUACCAAUCGUCAUUUCCACCACCGUCCCCGCCGCCACCUCCACCACCUCCUCCGCCUCUACCACGAUCGUCGCAGUCUGUAUUCUACGGAUUGUUUAAAAAGGGCGUUAAGAGCAAAAAAAUUCACUCCGUUCCGGCGCCGCCUCCACUUCCACCACCGAGAAAAAUCCAAAUGGAUCCUCAGACACCACCACGGAGAGUGAAUUCCGGAAGACCUCCGCGUCCGACGAAACCGACAAACUUCAACGAAGAGAGCUACGUCAACAAGGGUCAAGCAUCUCCGUUGAUCCAAAUCACGCCUCCUCCACCUCCACCACCUCCUUUUAGAGUCCCGCCGCUAAAAUUCGUCGUGAGUGGUGAUUUCGCGAAGAUACGGAGCAAUCAGAGCUCGAGAAGUACCUCCCCUGAGCGAGAAGUGAUCGACAUUGGUUGGGGUCUAGAACUUACUCAAUCUGAUCACGCUGGAGCUGAGACUGUAGUCGCCGUCGGUAGCCGCGGCGGGCCAGGAUUCUGUCCAAGCCCGGACGUUAACACGAAAGCUGACAAUUUCAUCGCCAGGCUUAGAGACGAGUGGAGACUCGAUAAGAUCAACUCCGGGAAAGGGAAAAAGAAACAGAGCUCUGUGUAA